AUGUUAUUAGGUGUGGAUACAGACGUAGAUGAAAUGCUCGGACAUAUUUACUUAUUCUUGAAAGAUCAGCUUGAGCUUUCUACUACGCCUUCUUCGGGUCUUCUGAUCGGGUUUUCUUCCGUAUCCAUAUAUGCAAGACCGAUCAAAGUCCAAUGGAAAGUGUUUGAGAAACUGUUUGUAGAUUUCCGCGAUACAGAGUACUACGAUCAUCUAAUAGGAAUCGCCAAGAAGAAGUUUCAAACAAUACCAUAUCUUUGGUUAGGCUAUUAA